AUGAACAUUUCAAAUAAUAACGAUCUCAAUGUACUUGAUUUGCCUAAUGAAAUUUUACUCAAAAUUUUUAACAAAUUACCUAUGACCGAUGUUCUUUAUUCACUCUUGAAUGCUACCCAACGGUUUGAUCAAUUAGUGCUUGAUCCACUUUAUAUUCGCAAGCUUGAUAUGACCUCUAUGACAAUGAAAUCAUUUCAUGAUCGUAUCUACUCCAUUGAUGAUCUAGUUCUUGAUAAAAUUUGUAAAAAUGUAUUACCUCGAAUUAAUCAUCAAGUUCAUGAACUCAUUGUUGAACAACAUUCAAUGAAACGUGUUCUUCAUACUAUCAAUUAUCCUCAACUUCACUCGUUAUCACUCGUAGAUUUUCAAGAUGAAGUAUUUCUCGAGUACUUAACAGGUGAUGCAACUCUUCGCACGCUUCUUUCUGAACAGAUUACACAUCUUAAAAUUGAUCUUAAUGACAAAACACCACCACUUCCUGAAACUCUUGCGAUGAUUUUUGCUCUGAUCUUAUCGUUAUGUAACCAAAUAGUCGAGGUAAAUUUCUGUUAUUUCUUUCAUCGGUCGAUGAUUUGCACGUUCGAGUUAUCAUCAACCGAUUGCGUGUCUUCAACUUUGACUUCGUUAAAAAUUAAUGUGAAAACUUUCGAUGAUUGUCUUUAUUUACUUGAUGGGCGUCUCAAUUAUUUAUUAACAUUGUUUAUAGAUGUGAAAGAGAUAGUAUAUACAUUAGGAGCUGUCGACAACACGAAAAAAGUUCCAAACUUAAAAAACUUCUCAUUACGCUCGUUUCCACGUACAUAUUUUUAUGAUGAUCUAAUCAUUCCAUUGCUUCGUCGAAUGACCAAUCUCGAAGAACUGAUAUUGAAUUUGUCAAUAAUAAGAGUUGAUUCGAAUUAUAUUGAUGGCCUUCAAUUAUACGAUGAUAUUCUUAUAUAUAUGCCACGAUUGAACAAAUUCAUUUUUAGCAUUGACACAAGCGUAGUCGAGAAGAAUAUUAAAAUUGCUCUUUCAUCGAAUGAGGACAUUCAGCGUAGCUUCAUGAGAAGAGAAUAUGGACCAGUUGGCUCACAUGUUGAUAUUUUCUCAAGAGAAAAUGGAUGUAGAGGUCAUAUGUAUUCUCUUCCAUAUGAAUUUAAAAGUAGAUGCCACAUCUAUUCACUUCCGUAUCAAUUUAAAAACUAUUCCUAUUUAAACAAUGAUUUUCAAGGAGGCAUUUUUGAUAAUGUUCAAUAUUUGAUGAUGACGGACUUUCGUCCUUUUGAGCGUAAUUUCUUCAAAAUCAUCUCUCAAAGUUUUCCUCUGUUGCAACAUUUAUAUAUAUUUAAUGACGAGCCACAGAAAGACAAGCAACAAUCGACAACAUCUAUAAUAUUUUCUCAUCUUAUUUAUCUUUAUCUUGAUUCUGCUCAUGUAGAUUAUGCUGAACAAUUUCUCUCUGACAAACAAUGUCAUUUACCUUGUUUGCUGAAUCUUAGUAUCAGCUAUGAAUCACUUGCAAUGGUCACAAACAGUUUCACCAAUGAUGCAACACGUCGCACAUCUAGUAAAUUGACCAGCCUUCGUCUAAAAGGGCCAACAACUGCAGAAGUGAUUAAAACGGAAUUCACUACACAAGAUGAAGAAGAACACUUUGAUGCAUCAGUAACUCCUCAACAAACGUUCUUGGAAUCUCCGCUUGUGGAGACUACACUAGCUGAUGAACAGGACGAUUAUUAUGAUUCUCGAGAAGCAUCAGCUGCUGAUAGAAGUAUUGUCGAACGUUCAGCAACAGCCGAAGAAUAUAGUCAUCAAUCAUCUGUUGAAAAGGAAGAAACGGAUGAAUUACAGGUAGCACAUGAAUAUGAAAUUCUACAAAAAUCCAGUGCCACUGAAAUCCAGUUGGAAUCACCACAUGGAAGUGAUCACGAAGACGAGGAUCAAUAUAAUCCGGAAUCUACAGUAAGUCCGGAUGCAAUCAAAACUGAACAUAGUGAAACAGUUGAACACGAUCGCCAUGAACCAAUGCUAGUUUCUCAACACCAACAACAUGUUGCCUCUCCUGUAAUCGAAAGGCGCAACGUACCUGAAGAUGAAGAACAAGAGGGAGAAACACAUAUUGUUGUUGAAGAAAUUCAACAAAAAUUGACUGCUACCGAAAUCCAGUUAGAAUCACCACGUGAGAGCGAUCACGAAGAAGAAGAUCAAUACAAUGCAGAAUCUACACUAAGUUCGGAUGCAAUCAAAAUUGAACAUACUGAAACAGUUGAACAGGAUCCGUACGAACCAAUGCUAGUUUCACAACAGCAGGAACAUGUCGGCUCUCAUGUAAUCGAAAGUCCAUACACACCAGAAGAUGAAGAAGAACCCGGUGAAACACAUGUUGCUGAUGAAGAAAUUCAACAAAAAUUAACUGCUACCGAAAUCCACUUAGAAUCACCACAUGAGAGUGAUCACGAAAAAGACGAACAAGAAGAACCAUAUCAAUCUGAACAGAAGCUGAGCUCAGAUCAAAUUACUCUUGAAUCCCCUCACAUCACGGAACAAGAUGAAGAUGAAUUAAGUUCUAAGUUUGAAGCCGUUGUUAUUCCUUCUCAUGAAGUCAUUGAACAAGUCGCGAUCGAAUCUGCAUUACCAAGGGAACCAGAAAGCGACAAAGUAGAAUAUGCAGAAAAUUAUGAAUCUGAUCAAGAGGUACAAGAAUAUAGAACAACUGCAGUAGUUACUAAAACAGAGUUCACCACACAAGAUGAUGAAGAACACUUUGAAGCAUCAGCAACGCCUCAACAAAAGUUCUUGGAAUCGCCUCUUGUGGAGACUACAUCGGCUGAUGCACAGGACGAUUAUUAUGAUUCUCGAGAUGCAUCAGCUGCUGAUACGAGUAUUGUCGAACAUUCAGCAACAGCCGAAGGAUAUAGCUAUCAAUCAUCUGUUGAAAAAGAAGCAACCGAUGGGUUACAAGUAGCACAUGAAUUUGAAAUUCUCAAAAAAUCCAGUGGCAGCGAAUUACAGUUGGAGUCGGAGCAUGAAAGUGAUCGUGAAGAAUAUGAAGAGCAAGAUCAAGUUAAACGAACACAUUGUCCUGAUGAAGCAUUUGUUGGAACGCCUGAAGUGGUCGAACAUGAAAAGUCAUUAUUUGAGCAACUUUACAGUGAUGGACAGGUUUACAUUGAGCCCCGUGACGCAAUCGACGUAGAAGAAUCAGAAGAAGACAAUUAUCAAAAAAGGCAUGAAAGAUUUAAUUCCCAAAUGACCGAAGUGGAAUCUCUUCAAUCCAGUGAACUUGAAGAUCAAGAAGACGUACAUCAACGAUUAACACACGAUUUUCCACAUUUGAUUACACCUUGUAUAGAAACAGGAGAAACUAACCUGAAUGAACAAGAUGAAGCCCAAAUGGAACGAGGCAAAAAUUCAGCAAAAACCAGUCCUUCAUUGACGCAAGUUACAGAAUGUACAGAAAAGGUUCAAGAUAAAAAACAACCAUCAAAUCUCGAACUAGUUGUGGAUGAAAAUCCUGAAACAAUAAUAACCUCCGAAAAAUAUUUCAUUCAAUCAUCUGGUAUUAGUGAACAACAAGAAGAACAAUAUCAUCCAGAGUCGAAACUAGGUUCGGAUGCUAUCAAAACUGAACAUACUGCAACAGUUGAACACGAUCGCCAUGAACCAAUGCUAGUUUCUCAAUCGCAACAACAUAUCGGCUCACCUGUAACCGAAAGUCAAUACAGAGGUGAAGAUGAAGAAGAAUCCGGUGAAACAUAUAUUGGUGAUGAAGAAAUUCAUCAAAAGUUAACUGCUACCGAAAUCCACUUAGAAUCAUCACAUGAGAGUGAUCACGAAGAAGAAGAUCAAUAUAAUCCAGAAUCUACAGUAAGCUCGGAUGUAAUCAACAUUGAACAUACUGAAACAGUUGAACAGGAUCCGUACGAACCAAUGCUAGUUUCACAACACCAGCAACAUGUCGGCUCUCCUGUAGUCGAAAGUCCAUACACACGUGAAGAUGAAGAACGAGCCGGAGAAACACAUAUUGUUGAUGAAGAAAUUCAACAAAAGUUAACUGCCACCGAGAUCCAGUUAGAAUCACCACAUGAGAGUGAUCACGAAAAAGACGAAGAAGAAGAACCAUAUCAAUCUGAACAAAAGCUGAACUCAGAUCCAAUUACUAUUGAAUCUUCUCACAUCAUGGAACAAGAUCAACAUGAAUUAAGUUCUAGUUUUGAAGCAGAUGUUAUUCCUUCUCAUCAAAUCACUGAACAAAGACUAAACACUGAGCAAGUCGUGGUCGAAUCUUCAGCAACAAGCGCACCAGAACAAGAUGAAGAUCAAUAUGAUUCUGAAGGAAAAAUAUAUGCUGUUGCACAUCUGAUUGAAUCCUUAGUCACAAACCAAGAAGAGAAAGAACAAGUUGAAGAGGAACCGUUGGUGCUAGAAAGUCAUGCAGAAGAAAAAUAUGAAAUCGAACGAUCAUCAGAUGGUCAGCAUAUUCAUAUUGAAUCGCCACAUGAAAGUGAACAUGAAGAAGAAAAACAACAACAACUUUCAUCGGAACUGGAACGUGUUACAGAAAUCGAGCAAGAUCAGUACGUACCAACAUUGAGUUUAGAACAAGUUCUCAUUGAUUAUAGAGAAGCCACUUUAAGCGACAAUGAAACAGAAAAGGCAAUUCAUGAAGUUGAAGAAGUAUUAAGUACUGAAUCAUUCACACCUUUAUCUUUACAACAGAGUGAACAACAUCAAGGAGUUGAUUAUUAUCAAGAAAAAUUUGAAACGGUGCAACACGAACCAGAAUCCAUGACAAGUUCGCCACAAAUAAAACUUGAAUAUGCAGAAGAAUACGAUAAUCAAGAACAAUUAGAACUGCAGCAAGAAACAGAUGAAAUUCCUAUGUCAGAAGAAUACGAAAUCAAUCGAAAAUCAAGCGAUGCAGAAAUUCAAUUAGAAUCACCUCAUGAAAGUGAUCAUGUAGAAAAAGUAGAACAACAUUCGCCAGUACAUGAACAUACAACUACUCAAUUCGUUGCUGAAUCGACUGAAGAAGUUGACCAAGAUGAAUAUAAGCCAACAUUGAGUAUAGAACAUAUUUUACACCAAUAUAAACAAGUCAUGGAAAGUGAAACACGAGGACUGAAAGAAAUCGAUGAUAUGAAACGAAUGUUAGAAUCUGUGCAUCCCUUAACUAUAUCUUCACAAUUUAUCGACGAAAAACAAAACAGCGAAGAAGAAGAAGAAGAAGAAGAAUCUAAAACAAGUACGGAUAUGAUUAAAGUUGAAGCUGAUGAAGACAUUGAACAAGAACGUGAUGAACCAGUAUUUGCUUUGCAACAACAAUUUAUUCAAUCUAGUGAAUUAGACGCAUCAUGCACAGAUGAACGCAAAGAUCACUACGAUUCAAAAGAAAAAUUAGCCAAUGAUGAAAUCAUCAUCGAAUCAUCAGCAUCUGCCAAAGAGGAAACUACAGACUAUCAUCAAGAACCAUUGGAAUCGGAAAAAGCAGCUGCUGAAAUAGAACCAAAGUCGACAGAUGAAAACAUUUAUUCAGAAUCACCUGAUGCAAGUGAUCGUGAAGAAUUGGAAGAGCUUGAUGAACUGGAUCAAAAACUGAAUAUGGAUGAAGUCGAACAACUAAUGGAAGAUGAAAAAUAUAAACAAAUAUCCAGUUUUGAACAAGUUCCAGCUUCAUUUCAACAAGAAAUCGAAAUAGACGAACAGGAAUCUGAACGAAAAUCAAGUUCCGAAAAGGUUACUGUUGAAUCUUCAUACGGCAUAGAACACGAAGAACAACCAAAGGAACAAGUAGAAGAUCAAUAUAGAGAACAAUACGCACCAGAAUCUGAAUUACUAUCAAGUAUGGUACCGAUUGAAACUGUUGAACCAGUCGAAAAGCAAAGCCAUACGCCAUUAUCGACAGAUAUAAAUAUCAUUGAAUCCUCACACAUACUUGACGAAGAAAGAAGAUCAGACGACCAAGAAUCAUUGAAAUCAGAAGAAGCUACUGGUGAUGUUUAUAAAAAAGAUGCAGUCGACAUCGAAAGAAAAUCAGUUGACGAUGAAGAUAUCCGUGUGGAAUCACCCCGUGAAAGUAACCACGAAGAUGAGAACGAACAAUAUCCAUCUGAACCAAAACGUAGUUCUGAUGAAGCCAAUAUUGAACCUGCUGAAGCACAUCUAUAUGAAUCAUCUCGUACAGACGUAUAUGUUCCAGAAAGUACAACUGAAUUGGAUAAUGAAUUCGAAAUAGAACGACGAUUAAGUUCUGACAAGGGCAGUAUCGGUUCUGGUGAUCACUUAGCAGAAAGUCAAAAAUCUCAAAUUGAAUUUGAACCAGAAGAAUCAUUGCGCUCGGAAAUACAAGACAAUGAAUUAACUCGUUCAAGUAAACAGCACGAAGAGGACAUAUUAGAAACUACUCGAUCGUCUCCUUCAUAUUCUGAAAAAUCUGAAGAAGAACACGUUCAUGGUCAACAAGAAAAUGCAAUAAUCAGUGAAACAACGGACUUGUCUCCCAAGAACGAAGAAAAAUCUAUAUCUUAUGAAUCACAAUUAAGUACUGAAAAGAUUACUGCUGAACUUCUUUCAGCAGGAGAUAUUGUUGAACACAAACCAGAAAUUGAAUUCGUAGAAAAACCGAAUACUGUUAAAUUCAUUGUUGCAUCAACUCCAUCGUCUGAAGAAGAAGAAGAAGAAGAAGAACGAGAAGGAUUUGACUAUGAACAAAAAGUUCAAACUGAACCUUUUCAAGUAGAGGAUCAAGAAGGCGAUAGAAAUUUUAUAAAAACGAUAGAAAUGCUGCAUACAUUUCGACAAGAAGAAGAUGAAAAUCAGUUUACUAUCGAUUUAUCUCAUGAAACGCAACCGGAACAAAAUUUCGAUGCUGAUGAAAUCUUAAUCGAAUCUUCUGAUGAAACUGAACAUCAACAAGUAAUCAAUCAAUUAGUUCUUGAAUCUGAUCAAGCAAUACAAUCGGACGAAAGCGAACCAUCAGAAGCUGCUCAACAAGUCCCGAUUGCAUCUCAUCGAAAAAUCCCUACAGUAGAAGUUGAACAUGAUAGAGAUGAAUAUUUUACUUCUGGGCCGAUUUCAAAAGAAUUUGACCAAAAAAUUAAAGAAGAACUGCCCGAGCUCGAAGAUGAAUACGGAUUAGAACGAAAAUCAAGUACUGAUAAAAUUUCCCUUGAAUCACCUCGGGAAAUCGAACACACUGAAGAAGUUCUUCAAACAACACAUCUAUCGGAUGAUGAAGAAAAACAAAAAUCUCCUAUCACAGAUAUUACAACUGAAAUUUCUGAGCAAGUGAUACCCGAGCAGCAUAAAUUAUCUUCAUUAUUUGAACAAGAACAAUCUGCUUCUCAUGAGCCACUCGAACGUAAAUCAAGUACUGAACAACCUAUUCUCGAAUCACCAAAACUAAGUGAACAUUAUUAUAAUUAUGAAGUUGAAUCUUCUCAUUUAACUCAACAAGAAGAAGAGAAAGAUCUUCUUGAAAAUUCACAAACAAUCGAACCAGAUAACAUACGAUAUGAACAACCGUUAAGUUCCGGGAAUGUGGAUAUUACUUUUCCUCAACAAUUUCGAGAUGAUUCGUAUAAAUUACAAUCUCAACAUGAAUUCGCACUAAAUUCCACACUUGAACAACCUAUUGAAAAAACUUCACAGGAAUUAGAAUAUCCAUAUGAAGAUUUUCAGAGAUUCGAACAAGAAAUCAAUGAUGACAAUUUCAUCAACCUUCAAUCGGCAUCAUUUCAACAGGAAGCAGAAGAUGAUGAUGAUGACAUAGAACGAACACCAUUAAAGCGUCCACAAGAAUGGAAACAAUCAUCAUUUCAACGUGAUGAAAUCUAUGGUAAUAAAUAUCGACCGAAUCAAUAUUCAAUUAAAACAUGCGAUGAUGAAAGUCAACUUCCAUCAGAUUUUAAAGAAGUUGAAUCACCAAUAAUAUCACAUAUUCAACAUGCAGAUAUAAUAUCACGUACAAUUACAUCGUAUCCUGAUGAUGAGGAAUUAGAAGAAGAAAGAGAUGAUGAUUUUCGUCCAACACAUCUUGAUAUUUCAAUGCCAGAUAAAGAUGACAACGAAAAGAAUGUCGAACCAACUUCGACAAUCGAAGACCAAAGCUAUGAAAAAGUUCUUAUAGGAACAUCGAACGAUAUUGUUAAUCAAAUCUUAAAAGAAGCUGUUCGUGAAACAUCAGAACAAGAUUUUAAUUAUUCUCUAUAUCAAACAGCUAAGAACAUUGUUCAUGAUGUUAUUGAUAGUAUUCAAAAGAAAUAUGAUGAUGAAAUUGUUUCAUCAAACAUAGAAGAAGCAACUAGUGCUGAUGUAUCAAUAAGUGAUCUAACUGAUUGGUCAGCACUUGUUAAAACUUCUAUUGAUACACCAAAACAAGAGAAUUUUAGUGAUAAUGACGAAGAAAAACAAGUUAAAAAUGAACAUGAUCUAUCAGAUAAUGAAGAAUAUCAAGAAAAAUUUCAUCCAGAAACAAGAGAUCUACCUUAUUUAAUGGUAUCAGAUGUUGUAACAUCAAAAUCAACACAAGAAUUAGGUGAUCUUGUUCAAGAAUUGCAAACACUUGAACAACAAAUCAAUGAAAAUAUUGAUAUUCACCAUUCAUCUUCAUCGUCGUCAUCAUCAGUAUCAGAAAACGAUGAAAUUCAUCAUUAUGAUUUAAAUAUUGCGCAAAUAUCAACAACAAAAGCAUCAGCAUCAGUAAAUGAAUUAACAGAUCUUGUUUCUGAAUUGAAAAAUGUUGAAGAACAACUUGAAGAUAAACUUGAUUCAGAAUUAGAAGAACCAAACAUUGUGCCUGUAUCAUCAACAUCUAUGAAUGAACUCGGCAAUUUAAUACAUGAACUAAACGAUGUUACAGAAGAUUUAAAUGAGCGUUUCAAACACGAAGAAGUUUUGCAAUUAGAAGAUAUUGAUACAUUAUCCAAUGAUAUAGUGCAAUAUCGUCAUGAUUCACAAACAAAUCCAACAGAUAGUUACACACGUCAUAGUGAACGACGACCUUCGAGCCCACCAGGAUCACCAUUGAUUAAAGAAGAUUUUCUUCAUGUGACGUGCUCAUCUAUGAAUGAUGUUGAUCAAGUUCAAGAACAGUUACGAUCUGAACACGAAGAAAACAAAAUUUUACAAGAUAUGAUUAAUUUAGUUAUUCAACAAGCACACCAUAGUGUACAAUCGGAACCGAUAGAUAUUCCACAUCCAACACAAAGAAUUGGCUCAACACUUAUGGUUGAUCAACGUCGUGCUCCCUAUGUUCAAUCGUCGGCAACAAGUAUAUCAGAUGAAUUAGAUUUUUCACAUGAUGAUAGUACAACUGAUAAAACAAGUGAAUUAGCUGCUCAAUUAGAUUAUCUUCGUCGCAUGUCACGUUAUGAAAAUCUGCCCGAUGAUCAUCAUCAUGCGGAAAUAAAACCACAUGAAAAUAGUCGAACUAUUCAUGAAGACGCAACCAUUCAAAUAACGUCCUGUGACGAUCAAAAUGACAUAGUAUCACCUAAUUAUUUAUCUAUUGUUCAUGAAGAACAACCAUUUUCCGAUGAGCAUGAAGAAGAUCGUAAUGAAGAUAAAGAUGAAGAUAAAGAAAAACAGAAAAAAUCUAAAGGUAAAUGUUCUACAGAUGAUGAUAAACCUUUAUUUAAACAUGACGAUUCUGACGACGACGAUGAUAAUCAUGAUCAUAAAGAUAAUAAACCCGUUAUACCAUUAAAUAUAAGUGAAACUACUCAACAUGAAUCAAGUCAACAAUCAACAUCAACAGAAUCAAACAAACAACAAACUGAAGAAUAUCAACAUCAGCAACAACAAAUGGAAAUGAGUCGUGAUUCAAUCAGUGAACUAAUGAUAAUGAGUCAAGAUUCUCUGAAACAACGUUCAACUGAUUCACUUGAGUCUGAACAAGAAUUAAAAUAUCUCCAAUCAGAAGACAAUACUCCAUUGACACCUUCAAAUGAAACUGAUGAUUACAUAAUCAAUCAACAUACAAAUGAACCAACACCAAGUCAUAUGUUGAUGAAAUACGAAGAAGAUGAUACAAGUGAUUUUGAUUUGACAACAAAACAAUAUCCAUUAAUAUCAAAUGAAAUUGAAACUGGACAAUUACCUGUUAUACAUGCGCGACGUACAGCAAGUGAAAAUAGUCUUUUAAGUACAUCGUCAUCUUCUGCGCAUAUGUAUGAUAGUCAUUCAUUAUCAGCAUCGUGCUUAGCCGAUAAAGAUGAUUUAACGCCAUCGAACGAUUAUAUUGAUUAUCAUCAAAAUAUUUUAUAUGAUGAUUCACAAAAACAUCAACAAAUCUAUCGUGAUACAACAACAACAACAGAUGAUAAUGAUUUCGAAUUUUCAAAUUCAAAUCCAUCGUCUUCAACAGCUGGCAUCGGUUUUCUUGGUCGUGUUAAAGCGUUAGUUUCAAAGCCAGUUGAAAUUGUACAAGAAGCUAUGGAAAAUCGUCGUAGACAACGAUCAACAUCAUCAUUGAAUAGUAAUACAGAUUUAAAUGAUAAACCAAUAGUAGAUGAUGAACAAAAGUUAUUUUCAUCAUCGCCAUCAACACUACCGGCACAACAACACUUUCAUUCAGCAUAUGAUUUAAAUGAUGAAGAAAAAUUAAAACUCGUUCGUAGUCCAGAAUUAUACAAUAUGGACAAUGUUAAUGAUAAUAAUCGGAAAAUUUUAGUAACGAAUUUACAAUUACAAAAUCGUACACAAUCUGAAUCGGCAUUAAUUAUUGAUGAUUCAAAACGUCAUAGUAUAGGUACAGCAAGUAAUGAAGCAUCCGAAGAAUUUCUACCAACUAUAUCAAAAGAUAAUUCAUUAGAAUUUAUACAACAACAUCAACCACGUCAUUCGACACCAUUCGAUGAUGUUGUAGAAAAAGAAUCAAGUUCAGAACAUUCAGAAUCAUAUAAUAUACCAGCAUGUGCUUUUUCGGAUACAUUCGAACCAACUAGUAGUUGUCAAAGACCAUUAGCACUUAUGGUACCUGGACAGCAACCACCACCACCACCAUUACUAACACAUGAUGAACAAAUGACUGAAGAAGAAUUCGACACACUAGCGACUGAUUUUGUUUGCCAAAUCUUAAGUGAUGCUCUAACACAAAUGACUGGCGAUCAUGAUGAUUCUUGUGAAAGUGAUAAAGAUGCUAAACUAACAGAUAACCAUACAUCAUCUGAUGACGAUGACGCCGAUGAAGUUAUCGAAGAAGACGAAGAAGAAAAUAAACGAAAUCCUAUUCCAACAGACACAAGUUCAUUCAGUGUUAAUGAUCGUUAUAGUGCUGAUGAAUCAUCGAAUACACGUGAACACUCAGGUGAUGAAGAAAAUUCAGCACGAUCAUCAACAACAGCAACGCCAACAAAAACUUCUGCUAUUACCAGUAUACAUUCAGAAAGUUUUGAUUUUGAACCAACAUCAACACCAGUCAUGAAAACAUCACCAUCAAGCAUUCGUCAUGGUUCACAAUCUGAUACAGGAACAUUUUUUAGUAUAGUAUCGCCAUCAAGUGGUGACUAUCUUGAUGUUCGCAGUUCAAAUUCAGCCAAUGAAGAUGAUAAACUGCAUCGUCAUUAUCAGACACAAUCUAAUUCUAGUCAAUAUUUAACAGCUACCGAUGAAACACCCAAUGUCAUAUCAUCUGAUGAUAAUGAUUACGUAAAUGAACGUGGUACAGUUAAUUAUGGUUAUAAUGAUUCAAGUUCCGAUGAAAAAUAUUCGAGUAAAAGUCGUCCAGAAAAUUUUACUAUAACAAAAGAAAAAAUUCCUGAAGAAAGAUAUUCCGGCGAAGGUGAAGAAAGUAGUGGUGGUAAUCAAAAUGCUGUUCAACAAAAACGAAAACGUUCAAGUGAACAACGAUCUUUACUAUUAAAUGAUUUAACACUAAACAUCUCAGAACCAACGGCAACAACAAAUACGGCUGGAAAAAGUGUUUCAUUUAAAUUAGACUUGAAUGAAAAUUUCGUACGAUCACCCCGAUUAUCAACGAGCAGUGCUACAGCAAUGCCACGACAAGAAAGUCUUGAUUCACCAUUAAAUGAUUCGAAUGAUAAAUCGAUAAUAAAAAUUUUACAAGAAGAAAUUCUUCGUAGUAAUUUAGAAACAAUUAAAAGUGAUUUAGAAAUUAACAAUGAUCAAUAUGAUUCACAAAUCCAUCCAACUGCAUCAACACCAACAACAAUACAACCAACAAAAGUAAUUCUUUCGUCAUCCGAAUAUGAUGCUGGCAGUGAAAGUGAUCGUGAUUCAACAUUAGUCGAUUCAAUCAAAUCAACUAUACAAGAAGAAUUAAAUGAAAUCUAUCAAACUAAAGAAUCAUUUAUCGAUAGAAUUAAAUUAAAAUUUGCACGUUCAUUAGAUCGUUUAGUUGAAAAGGCAUUAGCAGGAGAUGAAAAUAUGAAUAAAUCUGAUAUAAUAUCACCAUUUACGGAUCAAAGUCUUGAUCGUUCAUUGCCACUCAAUACACAACAAGCAACUAUGACGCAUGCACACAGCGAACAACUCUUACAAGCAUGUCCAGAUGAACUCGACUAUGGUACAUUACAACGUUUCAGUUCGGAUAGUUGUAUUAUUAUUCAUGUGCCUGAACAAUAUACACCAUCGUCGACAUUAUUUUUUGAUCAAUUAAAAAAUGAUCAAACAGAAAGAAAAUCGUCUUCAAAUCAACAAGCAUCUGCAUUUAGUUACUAUACAAAACAAGAUCAUCCACAACCAUCAAGUAGUCCAAUUGAAAUGAUAAAUUCAACAAAUGAAUUAAUUGAUAAUAUUUCACCGAUAAAUCGUUAUACACCACGUUCACUAGAUGAUUCAUCGAUUGAAUUCGGUGAACGUGACAUGACAGAAAUGUCCGAUGAAUUUGUUUUAGUAAAAAAUCUUUCGCCAUCAGCAAAUACAAAAGAUAUUAAAAAUGAGACACCAUCAAAUACAUCAUCAAGUUCAUCUGACAAACACGAAAGUCCUGAUCUAAUUGAUAUACUUCAACAUCAAUGUGAUUAUCCACCACUUGAUACUGGCUUUGAUUUACGUUCGGGUACAACAUUAGAAACUGUUUAUGAAAGUCCAGAAUUACGACACGACGAAAUCAAAUCAGCUAUAAGCACAUUGAGUUUAACGGCAAGUGAAACGAAUCGUCCAUAUUCAGCUGACCAUAAUUCAUCACAAACGCCGAAUACCGAUGAUUCAUUAAUGGAAUUUGAACGUAUUGAAAUGGAAUUAUUAAAAAAUGGUUCGACAACAAACAUUGUCGAAAUCGUACGUGAAAUACGUUCAUCAGUUGAUUUAUUAUCACAACAGCAUGAUGAUAAUGAUAAAGUUGAAUCAUUCAUUGACAAACAUUUUUCAUCGAUAAACAAUGAUGUUAAAAAUGUUCUUGACGAUAUUAUUGAUGCAGCAAGUGAUUUAACACAUUCAAUAUCAUCACAAUCGGAUGCAACAACUGUUAUAUAUAGAUCUCAACGUCAAUCAUUCGACGAUGAUUAUGUUGAAAUAACGCAUGAGGAUAUUAAAAAUCAACAAAGAAAUAUAUUUUUAUCGGAAGAAGAUAUUCGUCUAAACCAAACAGAAUCAUCUAGUCAAGAUAAACGUCGUUUAUCAGCUCCUAACAAUGAUCAUGUUUCGAGACGUCUUAAAACUCCAUCAUCAAGCUCCUCAUCUUCAUCAUCAUUUUCAUCGACAUCUCGUUCUGUGAUAUAUUCUCAACAGCAUUCACAUCCAUCUUAUCAACAGCCUCGUUUAUUGCAAGCUGAAACUGAUUUAGCUAGUUUUAAACAACAACAACAAACACAGUCAGCAACGGAUUUACCAUUUUUACCUCCAUUUGUAAAUACAAAUCCAGCUAAAAGACCGAAACAAUCUUCAUCAGUUUCAUCAACACCAGCACUUUUUCAUGCUGACUUGCCUAGUGGACAUUCUAAGAAAAAAACUCAGUCACAUCCCGGUUCGUUAGGAGGUACUCUUUUACCUCCUCGAUCAUCAUUAAUAAAAGAAGAAAUACUUUCUUCUCCUAUUCCAUCUGUUUCUCCGCAUUCUUCUUCCUCUUCUCAUCAUUCGGAUGAUUGUUUUUGUGCGGAACCAGCAACAACAACUAGUCAUCAACAUUAA